CUUGUAUGACUAUGAUCUAAGGCUAGUUUUCAUUUCAGGGUCAGACAUCAUAGGACCCAUUCUGUAAUUAAUGAGCUGGAUCUGACAGAUUAGCAACACAUACAAUAUGCCAAUACCAUCCUAUUCCACAACAACAAGUGUUAAAAAAAACAAUUUAUUUAUUUACUUUCUUGAUUGCGUUCAAGAUUUGAUCUUCAGAUUUCCAUGAAGAAAAAAAGAAGAAGGAAAAGAGAAAGAUAGGUUGUUUAAUUAUGGUUUUCUCUAAAGAUAAUAUGACUGGUAUUAUUUUGGCUUUGCUUUCAAGUGUGUUUAUAGGGGCAAGUUUUAUUAUCAAGAAAAAAGGACUUAGAAGAGCUGCCAUGGUAUCUGGUGUUAGAGCUGGUGUUGGUGGGUAUGCCUAUUUAGUGGAGCCACUUUGGUGGAUUGGAAUGAUCACAAUGAUAGUCGGAGAGAUUGCAAAUUUUGUGGCAUAUGCGUUUGCUCCGGCAGUUCUUGUCACCCCUCUGGGUGCAUUGAGUAUAAUUGUCAGUGCUGUACUGGCUCAUAUUAUUUUGAAGGAAAAGUUGCAUCCGCUUGGAAUUUUGGGUUGUGUGCUGUGUAUUGCUGGUUCUGUCGUGAUAGUUAUCCACGCACCACAGGAGCAUCCUAUCUCUUCUGUCAAAGAAGUAUGGUACAUGGCAACCCAGAAAGAGUUUUUGCUCUACAUGGGAUCGGUGAUUGUCUUAGUUUUUAUUCUUGUCUUCUACUUUGCUCCUCAAUGUGGACACUCAAAUGUCCUUGUUUUCACCGGAAUCUGCUCAUUGAUGGGUUCUCUCUCGGUUAUGAGUGUUAAAGCCCUUGGUACUUCACUAAAGUUAACUGUUGAGGGAAAAAACCAGCUGAUCUAUCCUGAAACCUGGUGUUUUAUGUUUGUUGUGGCAGUUUGUGUCGUUACACAAAUGAACUAUCUCAAUAAGGCCCUUGAUACCUUCAACACUGCCGUUGUCUCUCCUAUAUACUAUGUUAUGUUCACAACACUAACAAUCGUUGCCAGUGUCAUCAUGUUUAAGGAUUGGGAUGGACAGAAUGUUUGGAGCAUUAUAUCAGGAAUAUGCGGUUUCAUUGUUGUGCUCUCUGGAACCAUCUUGUUGCAUGUUACCAAAGAUGUGGAAAGAAGUUCAUCUUUCAGAGGUAAUUACACACCUUCAUCCCCUACGUUAUCAACACGACUAUGUAAUUCAAACGGGGAAUCACAUAAGCAUGAAGAGGAAGACGAAUCAUGUUCUGAGGAAGCUGAUUCUAGAAGACAGGCUUAUUAUGGGCCGUGAGGAACCAUGAAUCAUUGUUAGAAGGUGAACUAUGCAACCGAUAAUCCAUUUGAAACCUCCAAAGCUGCAACGCCUCAGUUUCGUUUUCUAUCGCAUCUGAUUUUAGCAGCAAGCUAAGGAUCCCACAGGAUCUUGAAAAAAGAGUUGGUGGAAAUCAUCCAAAGUUGUCGCGGGCUGAAACUAUACUGUUUGUGUAUAGUUAUAGGAGUUCCAAAUAUUGGUUUGUUGUACAUCUUUGCGCAUCAGAUGGGAGUCAGGGAGAUUGAAAAAGAUUGAUAGUAGCAGAGUUGAAUGAUGAGAGCUUGAAUAGGAGUUCUCUGUGAUUUCUGGUAGCUUUGCCGUGAUUAGGAGUGAUAUCAUCCUUUUUGGUUUUCUGGAAGUGUUUUGUUUGUAUAGCAUUUUUUGAAGUGUUGGUUAGUCUUUGUUCAUGUUUCAUUCUUUAGUGAACUUGAGAUCAGAGGAUGUUUGAAGGCAACAAUAACACUAUACUCUUUUUUUUUUUUUUGUUUCUCAAGUGGGUUUUCACUUUCCAUGUGAUUUGAAAUACAUUGAUAGUAUAAAGUUUCUUUACACAA